CUUAGUAUACACCUAGCAGUUUUUUUUCUGUCCUUCACGAAUAUGUUUUCUAGAGUUCAAAUGGAGGGCAAACCUUAAAACUCGCCUCUGCUGGGAAAAUGGGUUUAUGCGUCAUCAUGUAUGGACCAUCUUCCCAACCUGUUGAGAUUAUGUAAGAACAUUCACAACAAUGAAAAAUGCAUCGACCACCGCCAAAUUAUACACCUUCCCACUGGAUGAUGCUGGUAAAAUCGCCAGCCGUUUUACGGCACAACUUCAGCUGUGCACCGCUAACAUACACAGUCCUGCUACGUCUUCUCACGUCAGAACCAUCCACGCUCACAUGAUCACUUCCGGGUUCAAGCCCCAUGGGUACAUCCUCUACCGCCUCAUUGAUCUCUAUUGUAAGUCCUCGAACCUCUCUUACGCAAGACAAGUGUUUGACAAAAUUCCCCAACCGGAUGUGUUUGCAAGAACGACCAUGAUUGCUGCGUAUUCUGCUUCCGGUGACCUCAAGAUGGCUUCACAUGUUUUUCGUAAUGCUCCUUUAAGCAUUCGUGAUACUGUUAUCUAUAAUUCUAUGAUAACUGGGUACUCGCAUCACAAUGAUGGCCAUGCUGCCAUAAAUCUCUUUAGUGACAUGAAAAGAAAGAACUUUAAGCCUGACCAGUACACAUACACUAGUGUGCUUGCAGCUUUGGCACUUAUAGCUGAAUGUGAAUUGGAUUGCCAGCAGUUUCAUUGUGCUGUCAUCAAGUCUGGAACUGGGACAGUUACAUCGGUGGUGAAUGCCCUUAUGUCGGUGUAUGUUAGAUGCACAUUUUCUCCAUUGGCAUCUUCAGUACUUCUAAUGGACUCAGCUAAGAAGCUAUUUGAUGAGCUUCCCAAGAGGGAUGAGUUGUCAUGGACAACGAUCAUUGUCGGCUUUAUAAAGAAUGAUAAUGUUGAUGCUGCACGGAAAGUGUUUGAUGGGAUGGAUGAGAAGUUACUUGUGGCAUGGAAUGCAAUGAUUUCAGGGUAUGUGCAUAAGGGUUUUGUGUCCGAAGCAUUAGAACUUUUUAGACAAAUGUACUUGCUAGGAAUUAGAUACGAUGAAUUUACAUACACGAAUGUUAUCAGUGCAUGUGCGGAUGCUAGAUUAUUUCUCCAUGGAAAGCAGCUACAUGCUUACAUCAUAAGGAUGGAAACCAAAGCUAAAGAUCAUUUCCGUGUGUCAGUAAAUAACGCUUUGAUGACACUAUAUUGGAAAUGCAGUAGAGUUGAUGGUGUUAGGAAAAUAUUUGACCUGAUGAUCACUAAGGACCUGAUCUCGUGGAACACAGUUUUGUCUGCCUAUGUGAGUGCAGGACAAGUAAAUGAAGCUAAAUUGGUUUUUUCUGAGAUGCCAGAGAAGAACUCCUUAACAUGGACAGUGAUGAUAUCUGGAUGUUCACAAAAUGGGCUUGGGGAAGAAGGUUUGAAGCUAUUCAACCAAAUGAAAUUAAAUGGAUUUGAGCCAUGCGACUAUGCUUUUGCAGGAGCCAUUACAUCUUGUGCAGUUCUGGCUGCAUUAGAAACUGGGCGCCAACUCCAUGCUCAGAUUAUUCGGCGUGGAUUUAUUUCAAGCCUCUCUGCUGGAAAUGCACUAAUUACAUUCUAUGGGAGAUGUGGAGCCAUUGAGGAUGCACUGUGUCUCUUUCAAAGGAUGCCAUGGCUUGAUUCAGUGUCUUGGAAUGCAAUGAUUGCUGCCCUGGGGCAGCAUGGUCAGGGUACACAUGCAAUUGAACUUUUUGAAGAGAUGUUGGAAGAGAACAUAACUCCUGACCGUAUAAGCUUUCUUACUAUUCUAUCUGCAUGUAGUCAUGCAGGGUUUAUAAAAGAAGGACAACAUUAUUUUAAUUUAAUGCAUACCAGGUAUGGAAUAAGCCCAGGAGAAGAUCACUAUGCUCGCUUAAUUGAUUUGUUGUCUCGAGCCGGAAGGUUCUCAGAAGCAACAAAUGUGAUCCAGGAUAUGCCUUAUAAGCCUGGGGCACCCAUUUGGGAAGCUCUUCUUUCUGGUUGCCGGCUUCAUGGAAAUAUUGAGCUGGCGGUGCAAGCUGCAGAUAAACUAUUUGAAUUGGUUCCACAACAUGAUGGGACCUACAUACUUAUGGCUAACAUGUUUGCAUCUGCGAGCAGAUGGAGUGAGGCUGCCAGUAUACGAAAGUUAAUGAGGGAACGGGGAGUCAAGAAGGAGCCUGCCUGUAGUUGGAUUGAGGUUGAAAACAAAGUCCAUGUAUUUUUGGUGGAUGAUAUGAAGCAUCUUGAAAUUCAAGCAGUUUACAACUAUCUGGAGGAAUUAACAGCAAGGAUGAGGAAAGCUGGAUAUGUUCCUGAUACAAAAUAUGUGUUGCAUGAUACGGAGAUUGAACAAAAGGAUAAUGCCUUGUCAACUCACAGUGAAAAACUUGCAGUUGUGUUUGGCCUCUUGAAGCUACCUCAUGGUGCCACAAUUAGGGUAUUCAAGAACAUUCGAAUAUGUGGGGACUGCCACAAUGCAUUAAAGUUAAUUUCAAAGCUAGAGGAAAGACAGAUUAUUGUGAGAGAUGGAAAGAGGUUCCAUCAUUUCAGAGAUGGUGAAUGUUCAUGUGGUAACUACUGGUGAUCAGAGAUGCUGAAUGAAUUAUAAAAACUGUGUCUUUGGACAUAAUGAUGUGAACAAUCUGAAAGAAAUGAUGGAGGGCCUAAAGUAGAUAUACUGGAAGUCUGACGCUUUGUCUGUUAUUCGUUGUGCAUUUGAGGUUAUCUCUCUUCCAGUUCCGUCCACAUCCACCAGCGCAAUCUUCAUUGGAAAAUCAGUUUUGUGCUCCCGUCGUUUUGGCUGUUGACCAUAGGAGGUUUUGGACUUGUAGUUUUUUCCUUUGGAUAUUUGUGACCAUUAAACAUGUGGAUUAUUUUUUCCUCUGGAAUAACAGUUUACAUGCGCACCACUAUGUGCUCUACUCAGACAAGGCUUUUCUGUGUGGAAAAAGUGGUUAUGUUCUCAACCAAUUAUUUUACGGUGAAUGAGGGAAGACUGGUAUGAGCUGGUAUCUUCAGAUGCUAGGUAAUAUUGAAGGUGGGUAGGAAAUGCUAGAAUAAUGCUGUUAUGAUCAU